AUAUAACAAUUUGAGUAAAACAUUGUUAAACAAGAGAGUACAACAUAACAAAGAAAAGAAAAAAAUCAAAUGAAAAAAUUUUCAUAACCUUAGCUUACUAGAAAAAUCAAUACUUGAUGAGAAAUAAAACUCGUUCCCAGGAAUCGAGAGUAGUAGAUUUUCAUUUUCUAAUCAUAUUAAUUGCACAAAUUAUGAUUUGCCGUAAGUAAUUGGUUUGAUCCGGUCUGUUUUAAUUCGAUUACGCCCAAAAUACUUCAUAUUAAUGCUCAGGCCUGACACUGAAUAGUCAUCGUCCGCCAUGGCAGCUCGCUCCAUUUUCUUCAAUCUAAAACGAAGAAUCAUCACUUUCGAUAGCAGAAGCAACUUCAAUUUAAAAUAUCCUUCUUUCAGUUCAGCUUCCGACGCAUUUCACAACCUAGAUUCCGACGAUUUCUCUCCCCGAAUUCCUGAUGAUUUAAAGAGUCGAAUAUUCCGCCUGCGCCUGCCUAAACGAAGCGCCACAAAUAUCAUUCAAAAAUGGGUUAAUGAAGGGAAUUCUGUCAAUUUAUCUGAACUUCGUCAAAUCUAUAGAGAUCUUCGUAAAGCUCACCGUUAUAAACAUGCUCUUGAGAUAACAGAGUGGAUUGUUUCUCAUGACGAGUUCAAGCUAUCAGAUUCUGACUAUGCUGCUCGUCUUGAUUUGAUGACAAAAGUUUUUGGUAUCGAUGCGGCUGAAAGAUAUUUUGAAGGUCUUCCACAUGAUGCUAGAACAAAUGAAACUUACACAGCUCUUCUCCACUCCUAUGCUAGUGCUAAAUGUACUGACAAAGCCGAGGAACUUUUUCGGCGAAUCAAGGAGUCGGGUUUAUGUUUCAGUGCCAUUACCUACAACGAGAUGAUGACUUUGUACAUGUCUGUGGGCCAAGUCGAGAAGGUUUCUUCAGUUAUUGAAGAGCUGAAACACCAAAGGGUCACACCUGAUCUGUUCACUUACAAUCUUUGGAUAAGUUCUUGUGCUGCAAAUCUCGACAUUGAUGGUGUAAGAAGCAUUCUUUCUGAGAUGAGUCAGGAUCCAAAUUCUGAUGAGGGGUGGGUAAGAUAUCAAAACCUCACAAACAUUUAUGUGACAACAGGCCAACUUACCUAUUCUGGGGCUAGCUCCAUUGUAGAAGCUGAAAAGAGUGUUACUCAAAGAGAAUGGAUUACUUAUGAUCUUCUCAUCAUAUUGCACGCGGGCUUGGGAAACAAGGAUAUGAUUGAUCAAAUAUGGAAAUCUUUGACAAUGACCAAGUUGAAAAUGAUCGGUCGUAAUUAUGUGCCCAUUUUAUCUUCGUAUUUGAUGUUAGGGCAUAUCGAAAAGGUUGAAGAAGUGACAGAUCAAUGGAAGAAUUCGGCUACAUCAGUUUUUGACAAUGACCUCUGCAAUAGGCUGGCUGAUGCGUUUGUAGAAGCUGGAUUUACAGAAAAGGCUGAAACUUUCCGUUCGCUUUUGAACAAAGCAACUGACCCUGUUGAUGAGUCAGAACAUGCAUAGAGCAGCUGUAGUUAAUGGGGAAGUUACUUGGAAAUGAUGAGCUCGGACAGACGAGUGUUGUCUAAGGCAGGCUUUCUUGAGGCCUACCUGAUGACUAUUCUGCUAGCAUCAUUAGAGAUAUAUCUGAUACAUUGAUUUUGUAUACCUCUAGUAGCAGUUUUAGGUCUUCAUUUUUGUGAACUAAACUCUUGUGAGUUGUGAGCUAAUAAUGCAACACCCUAAUUUAAAUGAUACUAGGAUCAUACCCGUGCUGUACACGGUUGAGAUUCACUUUUGUGUUUUACAGAUUGUUUGGGUUCAUAACAUGUAUGACAUUUGACAAAAUCUAGUAACGUCUUCUUAUAGGACUUUUUACCA